CGGUAUUACUAAUCCCUCUUUUCAUACCUCUUAUUCCGCUCUUCUUGUCCCCUUUCAAACCCUAGAAUUUCCAAAACCCUCACCAUACCCAUCCCUAAAUACUCCAUCGAUCAUUGAUGAUCUUGGUCUUGUGGGCGGCUAGGGUUGGGUUUUGAUCCGUUCUUGGUGAGAAAAGAGGGGUUUUGGGGAUGUCGAGUGGGAAUCGGAGGUCGGUGGUGCCGUCUUCUUCGUCGGGUCUGGCGAAGAGGCCGGCUGCGGCUGAGAAUGCUGCUAAGGCCUCGGCUGCCGCGCCGCAGCACGCGAAGAAGAGGGUGGCGCUUGGGAAUUUGACGAAUCAGAGUAGUUUGGGGCGGGCUGUGCCGCGGCCGGCCGCUGGAGCUAAGGGGAACAAUGCCAAAAGUGGAACCUCGACAUCAAUUGUGAAGAAGGCACCAGUAACUCGAGUCCAUGAAGCAGCUCCUAGGCCUACUGCCAAUGCCUUUCUUGCACCUUGCAAUACUGUUAUAUCCCCCAAUCGCUCAAGGGACUCAGUUUCCUUGGAUGAAACAAUGUCUACAUGUGAUUCCAUGAAGAGCCCUGACUUUGAGUAUAUAGACAAUGGAGACUCUUCUAUAGUUGCUUCCUUGGAGAGACGAGCAACUGACAAUCUUCGUAUCUCUGAGGAUGAUGAUGAUACAUUAGACUGCACCUUGAAGAGAGAUGUUCCUGUUAGUAUGGGAACAAUGGACAACAUCAUUGACCUUGACAGUGAUCACAAAGAUCCACAGUUAUGUGCAACUCUUGCAUGCGACAUAUACAAGCACUUGCGCAUUGCUGAGACAAAGAAAAGGCCUUCUAUGGACUUCAUAGAGAAGAUACAGAAGGAUAUAAAUGCAAGCAUGAGAGCAAUACUCAUAGAUUGGCUUGUAGAGGUUGCAGAAGAAUACAGGCUAGUACCUGAUACGUUAUAUUUGACUGUCAAUUACAUUGACCGUUAUCUUUCCACUAAUGAAGUAAACCGGCAACGGCUGCAGUUGCUUGGUGUUGCUUGCAUGCUUAUUGCUUCGAAAUAUGAAGAGAUUUGUGCUCCCCAAGUGGAAGAGUUCUGUUAUAUAACUGAUAACACAUACUUUAAGGAGGAGGUCUUACAAAUGGAAGCUGUUGUAUUGAAGCACUUGAAGUUUGAAAUGACUGCGCCCACACCGAAGUGUUUCUUGAGACGAUUUGUCCGUGCUGCACAAGCAUGUGAUGAGGUCUCACACUUGCAACUUGAGUUUCUCGCUGAUUAUCUUGCCGAAUUAUCCCUUCUCGAGUACAACUUUCUUUGCUAUUCUCCAUCUCUAGUGGCUGCUUCUUCAAUUUUCCUUGCAAAGUUCAUCUGCCAACCAACAAAGAGACCUUGGUGUGCAACAAUGGUGCAUUACACUUCAUAUAAACCUUCAGAUCUAUGUGAAUGUGUGAAGGCUCUGCACCGUCUCUUCUGUAACAGUCCCAGCAACUCCUUGCCAGCAAUCAGAGAGAAGUACAGCCAGCACAAGUACAAAUUUGUGGCCAAGAAAUACUGCCCAGCUACAAUUCCAUCAGAAUUCUUCCAAGAUUCCGGCAUCUGAAUCCAAUUUUCCGGGUUUGGAGGAUCCACAGAUGAAACCAAUGAGUUCGCUGAACUGAUGAAGACGAUAACUGGUCCCCGGCAAGGUUCAUCAUGUGAUGAAUGGUGUGGGAAGGGUUGGAGUUGGUGGUAGUGUGGGUGUGAUUUUUCUCCUCCCCAUCUUUUUUUUGUUCUUUGAUGAUGAGAAAAAGGAUGAUGUAGAAGUUGAUCAUCCCUGGUUUCCAAUGCUGUUGAUAAUGUUAUGUUGUUUGUUCCUCUUGUUUGGUAGUUAUAUUCAUCUUUGGUUC